UUCUGCUCACCUGCUUGCAUCAGACUUCUUCCGGGAUAGAGCUCAUGUAGAGUUCACGUUGUGUUUUUGCUUUUAGCUAUCCGGCACUAGUGAUGUGAUGGCUUUUCUGAGUUUGUUUACGAGGAGGCAGUGGCGGCAGGCCGUUUCUCACUUCGCCCGGGUGGUGAAGCUGCACCGGCCGCCCUGCGCCGGAGCCCCGCUGAGGAGGCUACACGGUUCGGCCCGGCUGCGGCAAGGGGAGAAGGGCCAGUGGGGGAAGAGCCGGGGGCCGGAGCAGCAGUACCAGCUCACAGACCUCGACAAGGCGGACGCUUUGAUGCUGAGAAAGUCCCAUGAAACAGGAUUCCUCUCAUGGUUCAGGAACGGUCUGCUGGCGACUGGGAUCGGAGUCAUUGCAUUUGUCCAGAGUGACGUGGGACGAGAAGCAGGAUAUGCCUUCUUUAUUCUGGGAGGCGUGUGUGUGUCGUUCGGUGGGGCCUCGUACAUCGGCAGCCUUCUUGCCCUGCGGAGGAUGAUGCUGCUGUCUGUGCCGGCGCUGCUGCUCCAAGGUGCAGCGGUGGGCAGCGUCGCCCUCUUCUGGCUCUGUGCAGUAUCUCUCUAUAUCGGCCGCCUGGAGGUGGAGAUCAUCCACGACGAGGAGGAGGAGGAGGGAGAGGAUGAAGAAGAGUGCCGGGAGUGCCGUGAGAGGCGGGAACUCCGGGGUUACCGCGACUCCCAUGCCAGCGAAGACAGUGACAACAAGGGGCCGAGCAAAUAGAGAUCUUCCAGGGUGUGUUGGUUUGAUUCAGGUUCCCCCUUAUCUGUGUGGGUGUGUGUGUGUGUGUGUGUGUGUGGGAGCAAACAGCCUACUAAUAUGCAGGCUGUGUGUGAGUCUAUAGAUGCAAACUUAUUAUCCAUAGUUAUAUUACUGUAAAGAUUAUUGUAUUGGUGAACAAAGACUUUAGACCGUUUGGAAAACUGGUCGGGAAAAACGCUGAGAACUGGUGUUUGUUCACUUCUGGUGAAGAGAUCAGCUUUUUUGUAAGAUUUCUUAUAAUCAAUCACAUAUUUAAAGCUGCUUCACACGACUAUGUUAUCAAUCUGUUUGAAAAUUGUGUUGAUUUUUGCAUUAUCAUUUUGAUACAUCCUCAUGUUUACAGGCAAGUUGCAAAGACUCCCUGGCAAAACAGUUUGUGUUCAAGAUGAUUUUUCACUGCUCUAAAUGCAGUCAUUCUUCUCAGCCAAAUGUUUAAUCAUAAUUAACUGUGAUCAACUACUUGACGUUUUCAUGAAAGUCAUGAAAUAAAACAAGCUGGUUGUGAUAUGCAUUGAGAUCCAGACAGAGCGGAUGUACCAUACUGUGCAUGUUUCAGGUCUGUCUGUCCCUCAUCUCAGUGAGAAUUUAUUUUUAUAGAGGUCUAAGUUCCCCUGGUUUGUAAGGGCAAUAGCACUUUUUUCAGUUUGCCAUUAUAUACUCUGGACUUUUGGAAACUAAGAGCAUUGUUCAUGCUGUUUUCUGUGGCUAUAUACGCACACGCAACUAUAUAUGUAUGUAUGUAUAUGUAUAUGUGUGUGUGUGUGUGUCGCUUGGUAUUGUUGAUAAACAUGUACAGUACCUAAAUGUAACCAUAAACCAUUUUACCCUUGUGAGUGACUUUCACCCUCAGGUAAUUGCUAUAAUUGCUGUUUUAAAGGAUGAAAAGAUGGAAAGAUAGUGUGGAAAUGGGGUUCACUGUUGUUUACUUGUGUGGGUGUGGGUGUCACUCUGUGUGCCCUACUGUACAUAGAGUAAUAAAGGAAGAAGAAG